AUGUGUAAUCACACCUAUCACCACUAUCCCAGCUGCGGCCACAUCUCCAACUGGAGCAUGACCAGCUGCCAAGAAUACACAAACAAGCUCCGCCUGGCUGGUCCAGAGCGCAGCGCAUCCUGCGCCCAGAUUAAACCCUCCCAUGACCUUCUCCUCUCCUCCCAGCCCAGCAUGUGUGUGCAGUGUGAGAGCGAGUGGGCCAAGAACCUCUCCUCUCACGGAGACGACCAGACCCAAACCUCAAACUCUUACCGGACAAUUGAGGGCUUGGAUGCUAACCAAAUUAUCGAAGUUAACGCGCGCAUGGUGAGUGAUUCCACCCCCGACGACAGGGACACAAGUAAUACUGACCACAGCGACAAUGGUCAGGUCUUCUUGGGUGCUGCCGUUGGUAGUUCAGGUAAUGGGGACGCAGACAGUGCUGGCCACAGCGACAAUGGUCAGAUCUGCUCGCGUGCUGUUGCCGGCGAAUUAGGAUAUAAAAGGGAAAGUGUUGAGACUGAAUUGCUAGACGCCGAGGGCGCUGUAUGUACAUCCCCCAGUGAUGCAAGCAGCUGCGACACAGACAGUUCUGGCUCUUCGCUUUGCGGAUCUUCUUUGAUAAGGUAUAAUGUACUUAAGCUGAGAAUUGACGAGUAUCUCGAGAAGCGGCAGCGACAGCGGGAGGUGGGCACUGACCAAAAGCAGCAGGAUACUGGCGCAUCCGGUAGGGACGAGAACAUUUACCUUGCUGAUGUAGAUGACCCCCAUGUUGCUCUGGAGGACACUCCUCCUCUGGGCCCAGUUGAUAACCCUGAAGUUGGCCAUCACUCAUGUGACGAGCCCGCUCUUGACAUUGACCUUGUGCAGCAGCGUAUUGAAGCGACCGUUCUGAAGCGCAUCGAAGAAAACAACGAAAAAGAAGCCCGACAGGUAGCCAUCACCAAGCUCCUAGACACCGCCCUUCUAAAGAAGGACCAAGACGACCGGCGCGAGCGUAACGCCGAGCUUGGCAUCGAAGAGGACCCCCAUCUCUGGGAUACAGAGUCCCUCGACCGAAUGUGGCAAGCAAAGGAUUCCACCACUGAAACCACCGCUAACGCCAGCAUCCCCAUCUCCCCACGCACCUGCACAUCCCCUGAGAACCAACGGUCCUCACCAACCCCAGACCCCCUGCCCCAACCCAAUAAGCACAUUUACAUGGGCAGCAUGUUCGCCAGCGAAGAAUCCGCCCGCCAACAAGGUCUACUCGAGGUCAGGCCAUACGGCAAUUACUCCGGUGAGUGGGAAGGGUUCAUGCUAGCAGACUCUGAAGACGACGCAAACCACCAGGGUCUACUUGACCCAAUCCACGUGCGAGGAUGCUGUGCGGAGCGACGCGCCGACUUCCAUCUCUAUUACGGAGUGAUGCAUGCACCGUCGGAGGUGCAUGCAGAAAAACGUUGGCUGGAGGAUAUCCGACGGAUUCCCGGUGAAGAAGGAAGGUUCUAUGGGCUGCUGCGGGCGGAUGAUCUACAACACGCCCGGGCAAUGGGUCUCACUAAUAUCAGCCAUCCAUGGGGGUGUUGCAAGGAUGGGCUUUUUACUAUGCCAGAGCGCGUGCGUCAUCGGUACACCGGGUUUAUGUGUGCGGUCUCUCUGGAGGCGGUUGGACAUAUGGGCCUCUGUGGUGCGGAACCUGUUCCUGGGGAAUGUGGCGAUUACUAUGGUGGGACGUAUCAUGGCUAUGUGGAGGCUUAUUGUGAGUUGGAGGCUUUUCAAAUGGGAUUGAAGGAUCCUGAACAUGACGGGGAUUGUUGUGCGAAGACCGAGGUUAGCGAUGUGUCAAUCCCCGAGGCGGGGCAGUACACGUAUUACGGUUAUAUGUAUGCGGGAUCGGAGGAGGAGGUUGUGAAUAGGGGCCUGAAGGAUUCUCUGCUUGUUCCUGGAUUUGAUAUUAAGUAUUCUGGGUAUUUGCAGGCGGACUCCGAGGAUGAGGCGAAGGCAUUGGGGCUUUUUGAGCCUUCACGUAUUAAGUGGCGAUAA